AUGGCUGCCUCCAGGGCCAGGCCAAAGCCGCUGAACUGGUCACCUCCCUCGCAUCUGACGGUUUUUGUUCGCAACCUUCGGUUACUACAGCUCGACCAACAGCCCGACUGGCCCGGCAUCAGCCUGCGAACGCUGUCCCCGUCCUCCCAGAACCACCGACAGCGCAUCCGUCUAGUAGAAUGGGCUCUGUUCCACUUGUUUGCUAUCUGGGAUUUGGAGGAGACGCAGAAUAAACUCCGGCCCUUCUUCCCUCCUCUCGAACCCCUCCAAUCCGUCAACCUCCGCGCAGCCCUCUUCCGGGUCCUGUCCGAAUUAAAGAAAAAUGGCGAGCUCGGGCGUGAGGUUACUCUCCGUAAGACCAUGCUGGAUGAUUGCAAGGGCGAAAAAUUCGACGAGCUCCUGGCCGUCUUUUCGACGGUCGUUCUGCGCAAAGUCAUGGCGGGCUCCGUCGAGGAGACCUUCCAGACUCCCGCCUUGAACUUGGCUACAGCUACAAAUAUCUCCCCGGCAGACUAUCAGAAUCUUGUGCCGCUCAUUCUUGCUCACCAAGUGUCUCUGGGGUCGGUGGGGGAGCACCGCGCGCGUGUGCGGGAGGUAUAUGAGCAGUUCUCGCGGUUGCUUGAUGCGAAGAAAGUUGAACUUGCCCAGCGUGCGGAAACGCUGCCUGUACAUGGUGCUGAACAUGCGAAUUCGGAGGGUCUGGAGCGUGAGCUGCGGGCGAACUGGCUGGGAAGUGAGGAAUGGGCGAGUGCUCUGCUGGAGGGAGGAGCGCAAAGCAGCACUGAUGCUUUCCUGGAACUUCCUUUCUCGGAGGCUUGGGCGCGUGCAACGGGUUCCACUGCGGAGGGUCUGAGUGGCAACCUGAAACAAGAUCUGGUGAUGGAUCUGGAGGCCCGGGUGUUGCGACAGCGAAAUCGAUUGCGCAAGUGGCAUGCGUACAAUGAUUCGAUCCGACAGGAACAGAAUGCCAGUGCAAGAACCACAGAUGCCGUUCCCAAAGAACCACAAUUACUUUUUCGGGACCAUCAGUCUCUUACGGUUGCAAGUCUAUCAAAGACUGGCCGGCAGCCCACGGAUCGACGACGGGUGUUGACAGACUCAGAUCAGUCUCUGAUUUCGUCUGUGAAUGAAGCCAUCUCUCACAUCAGCGGCAAAUCGCAUCGUGUACCAACUCCUCCACUAGCGGAAGCUAUGAACUAUGUGGAAGAACCGCUCCAGGAUCUCACGGAGCCUACCCGCCCUGCAGUAUCAUCCCCCGUGGCAGAAGAUGAUCCAGCUUCAAGUCCACCUGAGAUGGCAAACUCUCCAGACCACGGAUCGUCCACUCAAUCCGAGGUGCCAAUCGUUCACCUCGACCCCGGCCAUUCUCCCUCCGACCACUCCGAUCAGGAACCCGUCAAACCGCCCAACUCCAACUACAGCCUUGUCGAACGUACCCGCAAAUCAAUGUCUCUACUCCCAUCACUCCCUCCACAAGAACCGCACGCCCGAAAACGCCGGGUCCCACGACCUUCUUUCCCGGUCAACCAAUUCCAGACGCCGCGAAAGUCAUCGCCAGCAGAGGUCUCCCGGUCUGGCGCCUCUACGCCGAAGGACAAGCUCCUCGAAGAAGAUGUUGACUAUGCAAGCGUCUUCAAGUCUCGGCCUCGCGUGGCGCUUAGUCCUAUCUCAUCGCCGGCGGUGCAUGUGGGCUCCACGCCAGAGGAAGAGUUUGAGCUAGACUAUGGGAGCUCUGACUGGGGGACUCUUGAUUCGCCUUUGACUGCUGCGCGGCCAACGGGUUAG